UGGCGCUGAGGUUUUAGGAGUUAAGGUUGGAUAGGUGGGUGGGUUUUGGCAACAGAAAUAUUCUAAAGUUUUCGUCCAGUGGUAUUGGAGCAAAGGGCUUUGCAGCCCAACAUGUUAGCUGGAUUCAGGUAUCUGUUUGUUUGAGAUGUCUUCGUCAGUGACUCAUUGGCAGUUUGCUUCACCAUUGAGGAAGACCUUGCUGUACAUUUGAAAACAUACUUCCUCUGCUCAGACAUGAUUUUCUGUUGAGAAGUUCUUGGAAUUUAUAUGUGUAUGAUUUGUGUGUAUGUUUGCUGAUUUCAGUUGGUAUUGGCAGGUGAAUUGAGAGAGACAGUGGACUACCACCAAGAACACUGGAGGGGAGUUAGGAGAUCUGGGUUCUUGUCUGUCCAAAGUUAGUGGCUUCUUUGUGGCAAGAGCAAAUCAUUUCAGCUCUCCAGGCCUCAGUGCUCUGAUGUGUAAAAUAGGGGUGUUGUAGUGGUAUCAAUAUCCAAAAGCUUUUCCAUCUUGUUUACUCUGGUGUGAUUGCUCCUCAUAAGGAGGUGGCUCCUUUGGCAGACACCCUGGGCAGCUGCCAGGGCUUUGGUGCUGCUUUGAGGACUUGAAGGAGACAGUACAUUCACCAUGAGUCUUGGAAUCCUGGAGUAGAGAAGCUGGGAGGAGGACUAGGAGAUUGUUUCACCCUCUUUUUUUUUUCUUCUUUCUUUCUGUUUUUUAAAUCUUAGGCAACUGAGACCAGAGAGUUGAAGUGACACUGCCAAGAUGGUUGAGUAAGUCAGAGGCAGAUCCAGGACCUGGACCCAGACCUCCUGUUUCUUGGGCUUUUACACCUGAAAUUUCCACACUUGCUAGAGGGUGGACAAGAUUGUGGACCAGCUGCAGCAGUUGAUGCAGGUGUAUGACUUGGCUGCCCUUCGGGAUUAUUGGAGCUACCUGGAGCGUCGGCUCUUCAGCCGCUUGGAGGAUAUGUAUAGACCCACCAUCAACAAGCUGAAAACCAGCCUGUUCCGCUUUUAUCUCGUCUACACAAUCCAGACAAACAGAAAUGACAAGGCUCAGGAGUUCUUUGUGAAGCAGGCCACAGAGCUCCAGAACCAGGCCGAGUGGAAGGAUUGGUUUGUCCUGCCCUUCCUGCCGUCCCCAGACACCAACCCCACCUUUGCCACCUACUUUUCUCGCCAGUGGGCCGACACCUUCAUCGUGUCCCUGCACAACUUCCUGAGCGUCCUGUUUCAGUGCAUGCCAGUUCCCGUGAUACUGAACUUUGAUGCGGAAUGCCAGAGGACCAACCAGGUUCAAGAAGAAAAUGAAGUUCUGCGCCAGAAGCUGUUCGCACUGCAAGCCGAAAUCCACCGACUGAAGAAAGAAGAGCAACAGCCGGAAGAGGAGGAGGCCUUGGUCCAACACAAAUUGCCCCCUUAUGUCUCCAACAUGGACCGCCUGGGGGACUCAGAACUGGCCAUGGUGUGCAGCCAGAGGAACGCGUCUCUCUCCCAGUCACCGCGCGUGGGCUUCCUGUCCUCGCUGCUGCCUCAGAGUAAGAAGAGCCCCUCGAGGUUGUCGCCUGCCCAGGGCCCCCCUCAGGCUCAGAGCUCGGCCAAGAAGGAGUCCUUUGGCAGCCAGACCGCCAAGGGCAGGGAGCCAGCGAGCGCACCCAAGGACGGGAAGAACCUCUUCAGCGGACUGGCCACGGGGGAGUCCAGCUGGUCGCAGCACCGGCAGCGGCGUCUGCAGGAUCAUGGCAAGGAACGGAAGGAGCUCCUCUCCAUGACUCUGCAGUGUGCAGAGAAGAAGCCUGAAGCUGGUGGCCUGGAGGCAGAGCCUUGCCCAGAGCUCCACGUGGAGGCACUGGAGACACUGACGCGGGCCCCCACAGCAGGCCCUGAGGGUGGGGGUGUCUGCCCCGAGCAGCCAUUCAUUGUGCUGGGGCAGGAGGAGUACGGAGAGCACCACUCCUCCAUCAUGCACUGCAGAGUGGACUGCUCGGGGAGGAGGGUCGCCAGCUUAGAUGUGGACGGGGUCAUCAAAGUGUGGUCCUUCAACCCCAUCAUGCAGACCAAGGCGUCCUCCAUUUCCAAGUCACCGCUGCUCUCUUUAGAGUGGGCCACCAAGCGGGACAGGCUGCUCCUGCUGGGCAGUGGCGUGGGGACUGUGCGCCUGUAUGACACAGAGGCCAAGAAGAAUCUCUGUGAGAUCAACAUCAAUGAAGAUAUGCCAAGAAUCCUGUCUCUGGCCUGCAGCCCCAGCGGGGCCUCUUUCGUCUGUUCCGCCGCAGCUCCGAGCCUCGCUGCCCAGGUGGACUUGUCAGCGCCGGACAUCAGCAGCAAGGGUGCUAACUACGUUCCUGGAAGGCUGCUGCUGUGGGACACGAAAGCCAUGAAGCAGCAGCUCCAGUUCUCCUUGGAUCCAGAGCCCAUUGCCAUCAACUGCACAGCCUUCAACCACAAUGGGAACCUGCUGGUCACGGGGGCGGCGGACGGCGUCAUCCGGCUGUUCGAUAUGCAGCAGCACGAAUGCGCCAUGAGCUGGAAGGCCCACUGCGGGGAGGUCUGCUCUGUGGAGUUCAGCUACGACGAGAACGCGGUGUACAGCGUCGGUGAGGACGGGAAGUUCAUCCAGUGGAACAUCCACAAGAGUGGCUUGAAGGUGUCUGAGUACAGCCUCCCUGCGGACGCCACGGGCCCCUUUGUGCUGUCCGGGUACAGCGGCUACAAGCAGGUUCAAGUCCCCCGGGGCCGACUCUUCGCCUUUGACUCGGAGGGAAACUACAUGCUGACGUGUUCUGCCACAGGGGGUGUCAUCUACAAGCUGUGUGGGGAUGAGAAAGUUCUGGAGAGCUGUUUGAGCCUGGGUGGCCACCGUGCCCCUGUGGUCACUGUGGACUGGAGCACGGCCAUGGACUGCGGGACCUGCCUCACUGCCUCCAUGGACGGCAAGAUCAAGCUGACCACCCUGCUGGCCCAUAAACUCUGAGGGACCUGCCCUGAGGGGCACCCACAGAAGCAGUAUUAUCCUGGGGCAGGGAGAGACGAGACAGAAAGAUGGGACGCUCCAUCCCCGGCUCCUGCCAGGGUUGGGGAUCUUCAGGGAGAGCCUUCCAGGGCCUCAGGCACUGGCCAGCAGCCGUGGCUGGAGCAGGAGCCAUGUGCAGUGGUGGCCCGUGUUCCCCAGAUCCCAGCAUGCUGGGCCCUGGCAGGAGCAUGCUCCACACACUGGAGGAAGGCUCAGGAAACAGGAGGAGUGUUGUGAUGGCUGCUCUGCUGGCCCAGAAGAGAUUGAAAGUAUUUUGUAUAUAUUUGUUGUUUUCUUUUUUAAAAAAAGAAUGCUCUUGUGGUCA